UUUUUUUCGUCUUGAACUUUGCCGUCGUGUCGCUUUUUGGGUUUUCGAGCGCUGUGGCUGCAGUUUAUUAUAAAUUAGCUUGUUUGGAGGAUAGUGCAGACCAAACUAAAACUUAACCAUGGGCCUGCUAUACGCGCUACGUGUGAGAAUCAUGAAUUUCAUGAUUUUCUUUUUAAUUAUAAUACUGCUGCCGGGUCUGCCACCGCGUACAACUUUCCCCUACAAAGAAUUCACUGUAGCCCCGCCCAAAGAGCUGAAGGGUGCACUGGAGCCUAACUUUCAUCUGGAAGGCGCUGAGCGUUUGCUGGAGAAUCGCAUUUAUGGCCCAGAGACUCUGCUAGCGCGCAACAACGAGAUCUACACGGGCCUGCACGGCGGUGAGAUCAUCAAGCUGACCUCAAACCAUGUUACACACGUCGCCAAGUUCGGCCAGCCCUGCUCUGAGAACCACGAGGAGGCCAUUUGUGGACGUCCCUUGGGCAUGGCUUUCGACACGCAGGGCAGUAAUCUAAUUGUGGCCGAUGCUUACUACGGCUUGUGGCAAGUUGACUUGACGUCGCACAAGAAGAAGCUGCUGAUUGCGCCCAGCCAGGAGCUGCCCGGCAAGACCAUUGCACGUCCCGCAAAGAUUUUCAAUUCUGUGGCAGUGGAUAAGCAGGGAGAUAUCUACUGGACUGACUCCUCAUCCGACUUUCCCAUACAAGAUUUGGUCUAUGCGGCAUUUGCCAAUCCAUCAGGCCGUCUUUUCAAAUACAAUCGGGCUAAGAAUGUGAGCGAAGUGCUGUUGGACGAGCUGCUCUUUGCCAACGGUCUGGCACUCAGUCCCAACGAAGACUUUAUUGUUGUGGCCGAAACAGGCGCACAGCGUCUAAUCAAGUAUCACCUGAAGGGCGCCAAGGCUGGCGAAAGCGAAACUUUCGUUGAGGGCCUGCCCGGCAUUCCAGACAAUCUGACGCCCGAUGCUGAGGGUAUUUGGGUGCCAUUGCCAGUGGCCGCUGAUAGCCAGCAUCCCAACACUUUUGCCAUGUUCUCACGCUUCCCCACCAUACGUUUGUUCCUGGCACGCAUGCUGAUGCUGUUUGAGCUGCCCUUCCGCUAUCUGAACAGCGUGUAUCCCAACAAGUUCUCGCAACGCUUUGUGCACUUCAUGGGCCAUGGCGAGAGCGUAAUGCUGCUGGCGCCCAAGCGCUCGACUGUGGUGCGCGUCGACUGGAAUGGCAACAUUGUGGGCUCUCUGCAUGGUUUCGACAAAUCUGUUGCGGGCAUUUCGCAUGUGCUGGAGUUCCAGGAUCAUUUGUACUUGGGCUCACCUUUCAAUCACUAUUUGGCGCGUGUCAAGUCGCCCAAGGCGGGCCAGCCUACAGUCAAGGUGCGCAAUGUGCGCGUUGAGGGCGAAGGUCUAGAGGCAUCGGUUGGCACUCCACCAUCUACAACGACUGCCAAGCCAAAGCCUAAAGUGGCGCCAACAACAACAACCACCACCACCACCACAGCUAAGCCAACUACUAAGAGAACGACGACAACAACUACUCCAAAGCCAACAACUACAACGCCAAAACCAACUACAACAACAACAGCUAAGCCGGCGACAACAACAGCAAAGCCAACAACAACUACCACAACAACAACGACAACGCCAAAGCCGGCAACAACAACAACAAAGCGUACAGUGCCGGAGAAGCCAGCGCCCGUCGAGGAGGAAAUUCCCACAGACACUAAGCCACCGAAGAAGGAGAAAAUGAAAGUGAUCAACAAGCAGGGAGCGCACGUUGAGUUUUAAACUAUAGUUGCAAAACUUUAUCAUUUCUCUAUUCUGAAAUUCUAUUUGUCUGAUUUCUCACUCAGGCUAAGGCAAUUGCGAAACAGUUAAUACUUUAGCAUGGAAUUAGUUAAAUUUCAAUUAGCUGCGCACGCUUCUUAGCCCUACAGUUCGAUUGUUGGCAGCUAUUUAUAUGUCGCAUAUAAUUAUGUUUUGCUUAUUAAGUUCAACACACUCCAACACACACUACACUACACCAUUCCGUAAUGCUCUUAACUACGCAACAUUCCUUUUUGUAAGAAUAACUGUAAGUAACUAACAAUGUAUAAAUUGUUAACAACAAAAGCAAAAUGAUUUACUCUUUGUACUGAUGCUAGUGUGAGUUGCAUGUAAUUUUCUAUGCUCACUUAAAAUUAAAGU